AAGACAAGGACGACCACUUCACCAGUUCUCAUUUAACAGAACACCCUGGUGGUAAAGCCCUGAAAACACUAGCACGUUUGCCAAGUUUCCGUUUCCUGUUUCGAAUUAGGAAAGAUCACGUGAAACCACGUAUAGAUCUCUAUAGGAUUAGAUCGUUCAAAUCUAACACAAAAGAAGCAUAUUUCUCACUUAAAUGACUUGAAUUUUUUUUUUUUACUUCUCUGUUUAAUAUGAACCACUGUUUCUGUUGUUUAAUUGUGCUCUUGUUACAUCAUGGGUAAACCGUGGCUGUGGUAUAUGCCGACCACGGCCACGUUAUUGGAUGAAAUUACAGCCUCGUGGCAUGGAGAUGCUCCAAUAUCUGCUGAUAACAAUGUAAAUGUAUCCUUAAACUACUCAGUAUGGCCGAAUGCUACCGAUUUUGAGGUCGUUGAACUCCAUUAUCCUGCCCUGGCCGUGGUCCUUGCCAUCUUCUGCGUAGCUACUAUUUUCGGGAACGUCUUGGUAAUGGUAGCAGUUGCUAAGCAACGAUACCUCCACACCGUCACUAACUACUUUAUUGCUUCGCUGGCCACGGCCGAUUGCUUAGUAGGUGCUGUAGUCAUGCCUUUCAGUGCAGUCCACGAAGUCAUGAACAAAUACUGGGUGUUUGGUCAAGCCUGGUGUGACGUAUGGCAUUCUUUUGACGUAUUGGCCAGCACAGCGUCCAUUCUUAACCUCUGCGUUAUCUCUCUUGACCGCUACUGGGCCAUCACUGACCCUAUCAGCUACCCCCGAAAGAUGACCCCAGCCAAGGCAGGGGUGCUGAUCGCCCUUGUGUGGGUGUGCUCGGCCCUGAUCUCUUUCCCUGCUAUUGCCUGGUGGCGUGCCGCCAUGACAGCUCCUCCACCCCUCUAUCAGUGUCUUUUCACAGAUGACGUAGGAUACCUGGUUUUUUCGUCUACCAUCUCUUUCUACCUGCCUCUUACCGUUAUGGUGUUUACUUAUUGCCGUAUCUAUCGUGCAGCUAUGGAGCAAAAACGCAGUCUCAAAAUGGGUUCGAAGCUCGUGCAAACGUGUAACGGAGAGCACACGACGGCUCUGACCCUCCGAAUCCACAGGGGUGGGAUGUUCGAACCUAGAACCUACAAGGCAAGAUACUCCAGCGGCUCAGCCUCCAUGAGCUUUAACGGAGAGUGCUCAGAGAGGACUUCUUUAAGAGUUUCAGCACGUCAGGCUAAAAGUUUCUCCAUUAGUAGGAAACUUGCGAAACUUGCCAAAGAACGAAAAGCGGCCAAAACGUUGGCGAUUGUGAUGGGUGUGUUUAUCUUGUGUUGGCUACCGUUCUUCGUCACGAACGUCAUGAUGGGGAUAUGCGGCGAGAGUUGUAUCGUGAAGCCGGACCUGGUUUUCUCCACCGUUACUUGGUUGGGCUGGAUUAAUUCCGGAAUGAACCCGGUGAUCUAUGCUUGCUGGAGUCGUGACUUUAGGCGAGCCUUCACCAAGCUUUUGUGUAUCUGUUGUCCUCGGUACUUGAAACGCAGGGAACAGUACAGAACACGGUUCCGGAAAACUACCAGGGAAGAAGUCCACUCGUCUAGCUUUCGUUGUGGUCGUAACAGUGAAACUUCCGAUGUAACGGUCUUAUAAUCUCUCGAAAUGCAGCUGGAUAUAAUCUGUAAACUGGCCAUCUGACAUUUUAUGUUGAACCCAAUGAAUAAAAUGUAUCGCCAACGUACUUAAGACCAAGGUAAAGGAUAAUCUCUUACUCGUGGAUCAAGGUAAUUACUGAAAUUAGGACUCAAAUCAGUUUGUGGUCAGUUGCAUUGCACCUGACCUGACCUGACCCCUUGGACUGGUCUCAGUACGACUUCUAAGCCUCGUACAGUCGCAUAUCUCCAGUUUGUUUUCAGAUUUAUUCAUGGAUUAGACAUCGUUUCGGCAUGGGUCAAACAUCGUUUCGACAUGGGUCAAACAUCGUUUCGGCAUGGGUCAAACAUCGUUUCGGCAUGAACCAGACAUAGUUUCGACAUGAACCAGA